AUGAGGUCGUACAUGCAGCUCCCUCAACAGGAUCCUGGCGAUCUUGAUCUCGUCCCUCCUCACUCCACCGAGCAGAUGGCUUUUCGUCUUGCCAGGUUGAGGCUGUACUGGCUGGCAGCUGUGCUUUGCUGCGGUGGUGCGUUGUUUGGAUGCGAGGCUGAUGAACCUACAGGAGGGGUGCUCACCUUCGAGUCCUUUGAGCACGACUUUCGAUACAGCGCAGCAGACAAGACCCGCGUCAGCUCCAUCGCCGUCGGCAUCCAGCAGGCCGGCGCCCUGGUAGGUUGCUUCGCCGUCUGGCCCGUGACGAAUCGCUGGGGCCGUCGUCCCGCCAUGAUGGCAUGCUCCGCCAUCUUCUGCGCGGGGGUCAUCCUCGAGGUGAUCAACUCGCACUCGCUGGCCCUGUUCUACGUCGGCCGGGUGAUCUGCGGCCUGGGGAUCGGAGGCUCCGCAACCGUCAUCCCCAUCUACAUGGCCGAGAUGAGCCCCAAGGAGACGCGCGCCCGCCUCGGCAGCUGCUACCAGUUCACCUACACCAUCGGCAUCCUCGUCUCGUACUGGGUUGACUACGCCGUCAAGUUCAUGCCCGCCUCCCCCGCCCAAUGGCAGAUCCCCAUCGCCCUGCAGCUGGUCCCCGGCGCCCUCAUGGGCCUCGGCACCAGCACCCUGCCCGAGAGCGUCCGCUGGCACCUCGCCAAGGGCGACCACGCCCGCGCCCACUCCAGCCUCGUCUGGAUCCGCGCCUCCGACUCCCCCGCCCUCUCCGCCGAAUUCACCCAGAUGCGCCACGGCCUCGAGCAAGAGCGCCUCGCAACAGCCGGCUUCCACCCCCGCGAGCUCCUCGCCCGGCCCAAUGCGCACCGCCUCCUCCUCGCCUUCGGCCUCUUCCUCUCCCAACAGUCCACAGGCGCCACCGCCCUCGCCUACUUCGCCCCGCAGUUCUUCUCCCUCCUCGUCAACAGCAACAGCACCACCAACACCAACACCCCCCUCCUCCUAACCGGCAUCUUCGGCGCCAUCAAAGUAUCCGCCUGCCUCAUCUUCCUAAUCUUCAUCUCCGAACGCUUCGGCCGCCGCCCGCUCCUCCUCGCCGGCGCAGCAGCCAUGUCCGCCUGCAUGCUCGCCACCGCCGCCGUCGUCGCCCACUCGCACCCCCACAGCAGCCCGGGAACGCUCACCCCCGCCGCCAUCGCAACCAUCGCCCUGGUCUACCUCGACAUCAUCGCCUACAAUCUCUCCUGGGGCCCGCUCCCCUGGCCCUGCACGUCGGAGCUCUUCCCCACGCGCCUCCGCGAGCCCGGCGUGGCCUUCGGGGUCGGCGCGCAGUGGACGUUCAACUUCGUGUGGUCGUGCAGCACGCCGUACCUCCUGGCGAACAUCGAAUGGGCCACGUUCCUCCUGUUUGGGUGCUUGGAUCUGCUCAUUGUGGGGUUUGUGUGGGCGUUCGUGCUUGAGACGAGGGGGAGGACCUUGGAGGAGAUUAAUGCCUUGUUUGAGGCGGGCUAUUGCCGUCCGUCGACUUGUGGGGGUGACUCUGGUAGUGAGGCUGCUAGUGAUGGUGAUGGUGAUGGCGGCAAGGAUGGGAGUAUAUUGCAUGUGGAGGCUGGGCGUGCUUCGUCUUAA